CAAUCCAACAUAACCCCCUGUAAUUUACAAUUCCAACAAGAUAUCCUCCUCUCCUCCCCAAUAAGAAGAGGGCAGUUUAAUGAGAAGAUGCAAACCACCACACAUUGAAACAAAAACACAAACAUGAUGACGGCCACUACCAGCGAAGAAUUCAACGUGGUGGUGGUACCGUCGGACCGUUACGGUGUGGACCCAAGCCCCUUUACGUCAUCCGAUGACACCUGGCACGAUCCUGCCUACAACGAUGAAGAGUUUCCGGCACUUGAUGCCUUGCACUUCUUCCGCAUCGAAUCGGGUUCUGAUAAAUCCGGUAAUCGUAUUCUUCGGAUCGUCGGUAAAUAUUUCCCAGCCCCAGUUAUCGGUGGAGAAUGGCUGAAGAAAUACAUUAUAUACAAAUUAUCAACCGAGUUGCCAGAAGGGCCGUUUUGUAUCGUUUACAUGCACUCAACCGUGCAAAACGAAUACAACAACCCGGGAAUCACCAUUUUGAGGUGGAUUUAUGAACAACUUCCUUCAGACUUUAAAGACAGGCUUCAGGUUUUCUAUUUUGUUCAUCCUGGUCUUCGUUCCAGGCUUCUUAUUGCUACUCUUGGUCGGUUCCUAUUAAGCGGCGGGUUAUAUUGGAAAGUGAAGUAUGUAAGUAGGCUGCAAUAUCUGUGGGAUGAUAUGAAAAAAGGAUCAAUUGAGAUUCCGGAAUUUGUAGUUGAACACGAUGAAGUUCUUGAAAAAAGGCCUCUUACUGAUUACGGGAUUGAACCCGACCCGCUUCACCUUACUGGGCUUCCUUCCUCAAAUUACGCGUAUGGAAGGUAUGACAGGUGGACUUCUGGAGACCUUAUGUCAUAGACAGACUGUAGAUGUGAAUAAUAAAACUUCGCUGAAUGUGUGUGUGAUGGAUGUUAAGCAUUGUUUUUAAAAGUAAGUUGAACAAGUUACUAAAUAUCAAUGUACUUGUGUUUAAUAUUACUACUA